UUCUGAAUCCAGCCGCCUCUCUCCAUCUCUCAAACUAGCUCAGGAUGUCAGCAUUAAUGGAUCAAGAUUCAUCAGGGAUGUUCAAGGUUCAGCAAACCAUUGGAAGUGUCGUGUGUUGCAAGUGUGGUGUUCCUAUGCCACCAAACGCAGCCAACAUGUGUGUCAACUGUCUCCGUUCCGAAUUCGAUAUCACCGAAGGCUUACAGAAGAGUAUCCAAAUCUUCUAUUGCCCUGAGUGUGGCUGCUACUUGCAGCCACCCAAGACGUGGAUCAAAGCUCAGUGGGAAUCCAGAGAUCUCUUGUCUUUCUGCAUCAAGAGGCUCAAGAAUCUCAACAAAGUCAGGCUCAAGAACGCUGAGUUCGUCUGGACUGAGCCUCACUCCAAGAGAAUCAAAGUCAAGCUCACUGUUCAAGCCGAGGUUCUUAACGGUGCUGUUCUUGAGCAGUCUUAUCCUGUUGAGUAUACGGUUAGAGACAAUCUCUGUGAGUCUUGCUCGAGGUUUCAGGCCAACCCUGAUCAGUGGGUUGCUUCGGUUCAGCUUAGGCAGCAUGUUUCUCACAGGAGGUCUUUCUUUUAUCUCGAACAGUUGAUUCUCAGGCACGAUGCUGCUUCUCGCGCCGUAAGAAUCAAGCAGGUUCAUCAAGGGAUUGAUUUCUUCUUUGGGAAUAAAAGCCAUGCUGAUAGCUUUGUUGAGUUUUUGAGUAAAGUUGUUCCCAUUGAGUAUCGCCAGGACAAGCAGUUAGUGUCUCAUGAUGUCAAGAGCAGCUUGUACAACUACAAGUACACUUACUCCGUUAAGAUCUGUCCUAUAUGCCGUGAGGAUCUUAUCUGCCUGCCUUCCAAAGUUUCUAGCUCCUUAGGAAACCUUGGUCCGCUUGUGGUGUGCACGAAAGUUUCUGACAGAAUCACGCUGCUUGAUCCUAGAACCUUGAGGUGUGCGUUCUUGGACGCCAGUCAGUACUGGAGAUCUGGGUUUCGAUCCGCUCUCACCAGCAGGCAGCUUGUGAAGUACUCAGUGUUUUAUGUGGAACCACCUGUUGGUGAAGCGACUGUUGGAGGGCAAAAGUACGCUCUAUCAUACGUCCUCAUCGCACGUGAGUCAGACAUUGGUAAGAUGUUAACUGUCCAAACUCAUCUAGGACAUAUCCUGAAAACAGGAGAUCAAGCUUUAGGGUAUGAUAUCUACGGUGCAAAUGUUAACGACGAUGAAAUGGACGAGUAUCGUUUGCAUGGGCGGCUUCCUGAAGCGAUUCUUAUCAAGAAAUGCUAUGACAAGGAGAGAGAGAGGAAGAAGGGGAAGCCACGUGCGUUUACGACCAAGAAGCUUCCGAUGGAGAUGGAUGAGUCAAGAGGAGGGCGCGGAGUUGAUCCGGGGAAGAUGGAGAAUGAAUAUGAAGAGUUUUUGAGGGAUCUUGAAGAGAACCCUGAGCUGAGGUUUAACAUAUCAUUGUACAAGAACAAGAAUUAUCAAGAGUCUGAUGAGACUGCUUCAAUGACGGAUGGAGAAGGUGCACCGACUGUGCCGAUUGAAGAGUUGCUUGCUGAGCUUGAGCUUAGUGAAGAAGGAGAAGGCGAUGGUGAAGACGACAUGGAUGAGUAAUUUUCCUUCUAAAACACACUCAAGGAUUGGGUUUGAUUGUAUGCUCAACAGUUUUUGUUCUAGCUUCAUAUUUUUCUGAGACCUAUUAUGGCUAUUUACUUUGUUUGAAAUUUUGAUAUAGUUGUAACUGUGAA